AUGAGUGGUUCUGGAAAACCCCUUCUGGGCCUGUGGUUAUACAGAAGUGGAGAAGAAUGGAACUACAAGGAAGAGAGUCCAAUCCAACUAAAACCAGCGGUAAAGCAAAAAGCCCCGAAAGAAGACAUCCAAAAGCCUCCAGAAACUGAGCGCAUCUCGGUGAUAUUCUCGCUGAGAAACCACGUAGGCGGCCUGGUGAGGGCCCUGCAGUCGUUUCAAGAUUUGGGAAUCAACGUGCUGCACAUAGAGUCAAGGCCGUCUCAAUCGGGAGACAGCCAGGCGGACUUCCUGGUGGACAUCGAUACCGACCAGAAGAAGUUGGAGCAACUGGGCAGAUUGCUGAAGAGGGAGGUGGUCACCAUGGUGAUCGGGAAAUACGGAAACGGGCUGGAAGACGAGUUCCCCCCGCCCACGCCACUGAGCGCCACUGCCAGUUUCGAUUUUGAUGAAAUGCCAUGGUUCCCUAAGAAAAUCUCUGAACUGGACUUGGCCCAAAACGUCCUAAUGUACGGAGAAGAGUUAGAUGCUGACCAUCCAGGCUUUAAGGAUCCAAUUUAUCGAAAAAGGCGCGAACAAUUCUUCAGAAUCGCCAUGAAUUACAAACACGGACAACCGAUUCCAAAAGUAAAAUACACUCAGGAAGAAAUCAAAACUUGGGGGACUGUUUUUCGCGAGCUGCACAAGAUGUACCUGGAACAUGCCUGUAAAGAGUACAUGGAGAACUGGCCUCAGCUCGUAAAGUACUGCGGGUACAGGGAGGAUAACAUACCCCAGUUGCAGGACGUCAGCAUGUUCCUGAAGAGGAAGACCGGGUUCCUGCUGCGACCAGUUGCAGGUUACUUGAGUCCCAGGGAUUUUCUUUCGGGACUGGCGUUCAGGGUUUUCCACUGCACCCAGUACAUACGUCACUCUUCGGAGCCUUUCUAUACUCCCGAGCCUGAUUGCUGUCACGAGCUUCUCGGCCACAUGCCACUACUGGCAAACCCAAGUUUCGCCCAAUUCUCCCAAGAACUAGGUCUGGCAUCGCUGGGGGCUUGUGAAGAAGACGUCAAUAAACUAGCCACGCUGUACUUUUUCACCGUCGAGUUUGGAAUAUGCAAGGAAGCAGGAGAACUGAAAGUGUAUGGGGCGGGACUUUUGAGUUCAGUGGCGGAGCUCAAACAUGCUCUGACGAAUCCUGAUAAGGUUAGGAGGUUCGAUCCUGACGAAACCUGUUUACAGGAAUGCAUCAUCACCGACUACCAACUCGGUUACUGGUACACCGAUACUUUUGAGGAGGCAAAAGAAAAAAUGAGGAAAUUUGCAGAGCAGAUUCAGCGGCCGUUCGGCAUUAGAUACAACCCAUACACUCAAAGUGUGGAGGUAUUGAGCAACGCUCAGAAAAUUACGGCUGUUGUUACUGAGCUGCGGGGCGAUUUGUGCAUUGUGAACAGCGCUUUAAAGAAGAUAAGCGCGAAGGAUUCCACCAUCGAUAUUAACAGGAUCACCAAUUUGCUGCAGCAUGGCUUAUUGAAUAAUGCUUGUUCUUCUCAAGACCACGCUGAGAUUGAGAUCGAAAUCGAGGAAGAAAAUGAAAAAAUAUGA